UGGAACAUGCUCAAACCUUUGGUGAGAUGUUGGAAACCAGUCGAAAAACAGUAAAAUCCAACUGAAUAAAAUAGGACGGCUUCCUCUGCAUCCACACCAAGACUUGUCAAGAAGUAAACUAUGACAAUCUAUCAAUUUUUGUUUCCGUUUUUACUCUGGGUAUGGCUGCCACAUUUCUGUUCUCCAGAGAUGAUAUUUCAAAGAGCUCCUGUGGCCCAGCAAAGAAUCUUAGGGAUGCGUGUGCCUAGGAGUGAUGGCAAAGUUCUGCAUCGCCAGAAACGUGGCUGGAUGUGGAAUCAGUUCUUCUUACUGGAGGAAUAUACAGGAUCUGAUUAUCAGUAUGUCGGCAAGCUUCAUUCAGACCAAGAUAAAGGAGAUGGAUCGCUCAAAUAUAUUUUAUCUGGAGAUGGAGCAGGUACACUUUUUAUUAUUGAUGAAAAAACAGGUGACAUUCAUGCCACAAGAAGAAUUGACAGGGAAGAAAAGGCCUUUUAUACGCUACGUGCACAAGCUAUUAACAGAAGAACUUUGAGACCAGUAGAACCAGAGUCUGAGUUUGUGAUCAAAAUCCAUGAUAUCAAUGACAAUGAACCCACAUUCCCCGAGGAAAUUUAUACAGCUAGUGUUCCUGAAAUGUCUGUUGUAGGUACUUCUGUGGUGCAAGUCACAGCUACAGAUGCCGACGACCCCUCUUACGGGAACAGCGCCAGAAUCAUUUACAGCAUUCUUCAAGGGCAGCCGUAUUUCUCCGUGGAACCUGAAACAGGAAUCAUCAGGACUGCUUUACCAAACAUGAACAGAGAAAACAGGGAGCAAUACCAAGUGGUGAUCCAGGCCAAGGACAUGGGCGGCCAGAUGGGAGGAUUAUCUGGGACCACCACGGUGAACAUCACGUUGACAGAUGUCAAUGACAACCCCCCUCGGUUUCCCCAGAAUACAGUUCAUCUUCGAGUUCUUGAAUCCUCCCCAGUUGGCACAGCCAUUGGAAGUGUAAAAGCAACUGAUGCUGACACUGGGAAAAAUGCUGAAGUAGAAUAUCGAAUUAUAGAUGGUGAUGGGACGGACAUGUUUGACAUCAUGACUGAGAAGGACACACAGGAAGGCAUCAUAACAGUAAAAAAGCCACUUGACUAUGAGAGCCGACGACUUUACACUCUGAAGGUUGAAGCGGAAAACACCCACAUAGACCCACGAUUUUAUUACCUCGGGCCAUUUAAAGAUACCACCAUUGUGAAGAUCUCCAUAGAAGAUGUGGAUGAAGCGCCUGUUUUCAGCAGGUCCUCGUAUCUGUUUGAGGUUCACGAAGAUAUUGAAGUAGGCACGAUCAUUGGGACAGUCAUGGCAAGGGACCCAGAUUCUACCUCGAGCCCUAUUAGAUUUUCCUUAGAUCGCCAUACUGAUCUGGAUCGAAUCUUUAAUAUACAUUCUGGAAAUGGAUCUCUUUAUACGUCAAAACCACUCGACCGUGAAUUAUCUCAAUGGCACAAUCUUACUGUUAUAGCUGCUGAAAUCAACAAUCCCAAAGAGAUGACUCGUGUAGCUGUUUAUGUGAGAAUUCUGGACGUUAAUGAUAACGCCCCUCAAUUUGCUGUGUUCUAUGAUACUUUUGUAUGUGAAAAUGCCAGACCAGGACAGCUAAUACAGACAAUAAGUGCAGUUGACAAAGAUGAUCCUUUAGGAGGACAGAAAUUUUUCUUCAGUUUAGCUGCUGUCAAUCCAAACUUCACAGUGCAAGAUAAUGAAGAUAACACUGCCAGAAUUUUAACGAGAAAAAAUGGAUUCAACAGACAUGAAAUCAGUACCUAUCUCUUGCCUGUGGUGAUAUCAGACAACGAUUACCCGAUUCAGAGCAGCACGGGCACGCUUACCAUCCGCGUGUGCGCAUGUGACAGCCAGGGGAACAUGCAGUCGUGCAGUGCCGAGGCCCUCCUCCUCCCGGCUGGCCUCAGCACGGGGGCCCUGAUUGCUAUUCUCCUCUGCAUCAUUAUUCUUCUGGUGAUCGUAGUGCUGUUUGCAGCUCUGAAAAGGCAGCGCAAGAAGGAGCCCCUGAUCUUGUCCAAGGAGGACAUCCGGGACAACAUCGUGAGCUACAACGACGAGGGCGGGGGCGAGGAGGACACGCAGGCCUUCGACAUCGGCACCCUGCGCAACCCCGCAUCCAUCGAGGAGAAGAAGCUGCGGCGCGACAUCAUCCCCGAGACACUGUUCAUCCCCCGCAGGACUCCCACGGCCCCCGACAACACCGACGUGCGGGACUUCAUCCACGAGCGGCUCAAGGAGCACGACCUGGACCCCACGGCGCCUCCUUACGACUCGCUGGCCACCUACGCCUACGAGGGCAACGAUUCCAUCGCGGAGUCCUUGAGCUCCCUGGAGUCGGGGACCACCGAAGGCGACCAGAACUACGAUUACCUCCGAGAGUGGGGUCCCCGGUUCAAUAAACUGGCCGAAAUGUACGGGGGCGGGGACAGCGACAAGGACUCCUAACCCAGGACCUGUGUCCC